AUGGCUACGGAAGGCUCAUCUCACGCAGGCCAGGUGCAAGACGCGAACAGCAGCGACAACACCAGCAACGACGCGGAGGCAGCUGUGACAAUACAGAGGAUCCAGGAUCUUCUCAAGACCAAGAACGACACUUCCAGGUUUGUCGGCCUCGCACUUCUAAAGUCUGUCCUCGACAACUCACCACAACUCCGAGAAGAUGAGGAAGCAGUCACGACAUUGUGGCACAGCGUGUCGCCCAAGUUCCUGGACCGCCUCCUGAGGAGCGGUGCCAAGCAGGGCUCGUCGCCCAAGGACGCCAGGGACAUGAUCGACAUCGCAGUUGCUGUCGUCCACAUCUUCUCGGUGCUCCUCCCAGAUGACUCCAAGAAGGACCCAAGUCUCGUCGGCCGGAUACCAGCUCUGGUGUCGGUGGUACUGCACAGCUCCGACGAGACGACUCAGCUCGUGCUUCAGACUCUCUUGACCCUUGUUAGCCGCGUAGAAGGGGCCAAGGAGUUUGUGGCUAUAGAAGAUGCCAGCGCUCUCGUCGAGAUCGCUCCCUCUCAGCCUCUUGCAUUGGACAUCUUCCUGUAUGCUUACUCGCAGUCUGCUACGUUUACGGAAGAUACUGCUGCCUUAAAGGCCAAGGUUGAUCAAAUCAUCCAAAGCUUGGUGGCCUCCUUCAAGGGAACAGAUGCUGUCACGCUGCUGGUCUUUCUCGCCGAGCUUCUGCGGAGACUCGACCCUCAAUGCCUGCCUCGAAAUCCGUCUUGUUUGAAGACCAUAACAGGUUUCAUCCGUAACCUUGUGACUAGCAAACCAACAGCAGCCGGCCGUGCAGCUUACACAAACCUCGCCGCCACGUUACUCCAGAUCUAUCCCGCUGAUGCAUCGAGGCUGCUCUUCACAGAUGAGGGAAAGUCGGAGAAGCCAUUCCCAUACCUCCUGGUCAACUUGAUACUCGUCGACCUCCGCUCAUCCUUUCCAAAUCUCCUUGCCCAACUCAACAGCCCUGACUACGAAAGCAUAUCCAAGCGAAUCGCAUCGGCCUUUGACGUCGUUUCCGCCUUCAUUGGCUUCCUCGUCCGCUUCUUAGAAGAUGAGGGUGACGGCAACUCCAUAUCAUCGCUCAUGAUGGCGCCAGACUUCCUAUUCAAAUUACGCCAGUCAAUCGCAGAAACCCUGUCCCUCGCAAUAGAGUACCUCCGCGACCGGUGGGAUGCCGCAGAAGCAGGCGCUAUGGGCCUGCACCCAGACGCAAGGCUAGGCACGGCCAACACAUCACGGGGCUCCCAUUUCACACUGGCAUGGGACUCAAAGAUCGACCGCGCCAGUCAGGACCCUCUCAUCCUCGCUGCCGUUAGAGCGCUGGCCAUCUGGCUGCGCGAGGACGACAACGACAUGCUGAGGAAGGAGGCGGCCGGGCUCACCGACAUGUUCAUAGAUCUCUACAGGUCCAGCGCGGAGAAAGGGGCGCGCCUCGACUUCAGGCGGCCUGUGCUUGUUGCCCUGGAGGGGACCACCGCGCUCGAGGACGGCGCUGCCUCGCUGCUAGACCACAACGGCUGGGAGGUCCUCACGCAGGACUUGUUCGCUAUUCUACGAUCUACCUCAUUUGCAAGCAGCGAAGAUGAGGCAGCUAGAGGGAUCGAAAUCGUGCGGGUGCUGAUUCCUACGGUGGAGAGGGAGAGCCCCGGCAGCCGCGAGGCGUGGAUGGCAGUCGUCACGGCGGUUGCGGCGUGGGACGUGCCGGACGCCGAACAGCCGCCGAUUGUGUACGAGUUCCAGGUCGCUGUGCUGCAGCUCGUCACGGCGUUGAUGGAGAACACGCACUCGGGGAUGCGGAGGCGAUAUGUCCAUUCGAUUAGUGCUGUGCUUGGGAUCGUGGAGCAGCUCAUGGACAAGAUCGUCAAGAUUCACGACGAGGCGCUGGAGGAUAGCCUCAGGGAUGUGGAGAGCACCCUAAGUGGGUUGAGGUAG